GUUGUCCUAAGUGAGAAGAAAAACAAAACGCACACAAAAUGCAAAGGCCUAACAUAGUCUUCCCUCUGAUAGUCCUCGGCCUUUGCUAUCUCACCUGCACAACGGCCUCAGGGAUGAGCCCUUCAUCCACGCCGUGCAACAGUUCGAUAGUGGAGUGUGACGACGAAGGUGAGCUGCUGAUGGAGUCCGAGAUAAGCGGGAGGUUUCUUCAGACCAAGAAGUACAUAUCACCUGGGGCUUUGAAACCAGACCAACCAGUUUGCAACGGCGGCGGUAGAGGUGAAGCGUAUAGUAAAACUGGAGGUUGCCUUCCUCCUCCAUCUAACCCUUAUAAUAGAGGUUGUUCCAAGUAUUAUCGUUGUAGGUCGGACUCGUGAUCACGGAUGAUAUGUAUGUAGAACACUUGUUUUUGCUUCAAGUGUUCAAUAAACUCAUCCCAUUUUUAAAAUUCAAGCUUCAUAUCGAUGUAGCACACUUCUCAUAGAUAAUGGUUAAAGAAUCUUUCUCC